AUGGCUAGGGGCUCCACUCAAGAGACGGCCCGUGUGGUGCAGCUCUUGACCGAUUCCGUGCAAGACUUGGAAGCCGUGGAACAACAGGCCAUGAUCACGGGUGUCAUGGCGCCGCUGGGUGCGGCGCACCUGCGGGCGGCGUGCCUCUGCAGCCUGGGACGCCUCCAUGAUGCCUGGGAGGCUCUCUGUGAAAGCGGCCGCCGCUGCGCCGGGCGCCGGUCGAGCUUGGAAGGACCUGACCUCUCAGCACCGCGGCAGCGUGCCCUGGAGGCGGAAGUGCUGGUGUUGCUGGAGAGGCAUUCGGAGGCCAUUGAGGCGUGCUCCGCAGUGUUGGCGUUGAACAGCAGGGGUCAUGCCGACGCACGCGUGAUGCGCGCAUGGUGUUUAUCCGAGAUUGGGGAUGUCGAUGCUGCUUUUGAGGACGUGGCGGCUGCGCUCGCCUUGGCUCCAGAACGAGCUGAUUUGCAGGAGGUCGAGGGCGAUCUCUGUUUGCAAUACGGCCGUCUGGCGGAUGCCUUCAACGCCUUUGGCAAAGCCCUGAAAUUGCGGGAACCUAGGACUGCCAGG